AUGGACGACCUCAGCUCGCUCGAGCUCCUGUCGCUCGUGUCGAAGGUGACCUCCGAGCUCGACAACCAUAUCCAUGUCGCCGACAAAACCCUUGCGGAAUUCAUCAUCGACCAGCACUUGCAAUGCAAGUCGCUCGAUGAAUUCAAGGCGAAGCUCGUCGAAAUCGGCGCCGAGGAUUUCCCUCCGAGUCUCGUCGAAAGCAUCGACCGGCUGGUCCUCACCAUGCACCCCAAGUUCAAGAAGUCCAAUGGUGCAGGAAGGACGGUACAACAAGAAGAAAAGCCCGAGGAUGAGCGUGAAAGGAAGGCUAGGGUCUUCAAGGGCCUAGCGAUCGCCGACCAGGAAGUUCCCAAGCCGUACGACGACUCCGCCUUACUGGAUGAAGAUGCAAAGGAGGGUGGUUUGGAUGACACUUUUGCCAUGUUGGAGAAUCUCGCGGGCAAGGCAGGAAAUGGAGGCAACUCAUCCACUAGGAAGCGCAGCCCCAGUCCCUACAAAGACGAGAGCUACAGCAGGAGCAAGACGAAGAGAUCCCGCAGAUCGCGCUCACGGUCGCGCUCACCCUACAGGAGCCGCCACCAAAGCAACAACGACGACUACAUGUUCGAAGAUGAGUUUGGCAGGUCGCGCCCUGCCAAAGACUUGACCCGGACGCGCGAGCGUGACUAUGACCGGCACGAUGACCGCAGGGGCAGACACCGCCGCCGCCACGACUACGACGACGACUUUCGCGAAGCCCCUCUCCCUGAGGUGGACGAUGCGCCAAUUGUUCACAAAAUAUACAAUGGUCGCGUUACGGGUCUGAAGCCCUACGGCGCUUUCGUAAGGCUGCAUGGUGUCAAAGGCCGGGUUGAUGGGCUGGUUCAUGUGUCGCGUAUGGCUGAGGGCCGUGUCAAUGACCCCUCGGACCUUCUGUCGCGGGACCAGGAGGUCAAGGUGAAGGUCACGGAAAUCAAGGACGGAAAGAUCAGUCUUACCAUGAAGGAGGUCGAUCAAACGACAGGCGAAGAUCUUGCACCCGAGCUGAGAGUAGCGUCGGGAGCCAAUUCAGAAGGUCUAGGUGGCAGGUUGUCCAACGGCCGCUAUGGCAACCUUGGGACCGAGGCCCCCAUUGCCAGCAGCAAUUUCAGUGGACCACCUCCCGCAAAGAAGAGAUACGCCUCGCCUGAACGCUGGGAAAUCCAGCAGAUGAUCUCCGCUGGCCAAGCACGUGCUUCAGACUACCCAGGAAUCUACGACACGUUUGACAACGUUAACGAACAUGGCAUGCUCGAGGAGGAGUUGGACGUUGACAUCGAAGUCAAGGAGGAGGAGCCUCCGUUCUUGGUUGGCCAGACUAAACAGUCGCUUGAGCUUUCGCCCAUUCGUGUCGUUAAAGCUCCCGACGGUUCUCUCAAUCGUGCUGCAAUGUCGGGCGAGCAGCUUGCGAAGGAGCGGAAGGAGUUGCGGGCCCAGGAGGAGCAAGACAAGAAAGCCGCUGAGGCAUCUCGCGUGGAUCUCAGUGCUCAAUGGAAUGAUCCCAUGGCUGGUCCUGACGAUCGCAAGUUUGCCAGCGACUACCGUGCCGCACCUUCUGGCCAGUCCAAUGAGCCUCUUCCUGAGUGGAAGAAGAUUACCCAAGGCAAGACGGAGACUGGAAAGCGGACGAACAUGUCCAUCAAGGACCAGAGGGAAGGCCUGCCUGUCUUCAAGUUCCGCAACCAGCUGCUUCAAGCCGUACGCGAACACCAGCUCCUUAUUCUCGUAGGCGACACUGGUUCAGGAAAAACCACCCAACUUACACAAUACCUUGCAGAGGAUGGGUUUGCCAACAAUGGCAUGAUCGGCUGCACGCAGCCGCGUCGUGUAGCGGCCAUGUCUGUUGCUAAGCGUGUGGCAGAGGAGGUCGGGUGCAAGCUCGGUGCUGAGGUUGGCUAUACCAUUCGUUUCGAGGACUGUACUAGCCCGGACACCAAGAUCAAGUACAUGACGGAUGGUAUCAUGCAGCGCGAGAUCUUGUUGGACCCGAUGCUGAACAAGUAUUCCGUCAUCAUCCUCGACGAAGCGCACGAGCGUACCAUUGCAACUGACGUCCUCUUCGGUCUCCUCAAGAAGACGCUCAAGAGGCGUCCCGACAUGAAGGUCAUUGUCACAUCGGCAACUCUGGAUGCCGACAAGUUCUCGGAGUACUUCAACAAAUGCCCCAUCUUCUCCAUCCCGGGACGCACCUACCCAGUCGAGAUCAUGUAUUCCAAGGAGCCUGAAAGCGAUUACCUUGACGCAGCCCUGACGACAGUCAUGCAGAUCCACCUGACUGAACCCCCAGGUGAUAUCCUACUUUUCCUGACUGGCAAAGAAGAGAUUGACACGAGUUGCGAAAUCCUCUUUGAGAGGAUGAAGGCGCUAGGGCCUGGUGUACCUGAGUUGGUCAUCUUACCCAUCUACGGUGCUUUGCCCAGCGAAGUCGCCAGCCGCAUCUUCGAGCCACCUCCCCCGGGUGGCAGGAAGGUCGUCAUCGCAACUAACAUCGCCGAGACGUCCAUCACAAUCGACGGAAUCUACUUCGUGGUUGAUCCUGGUUUUGUCAAGCAGACAGCGUACGAUCCGAAGCUGGGAAUGGACCGCCUUCAGGUCACACCCAUCUCGCAAGCUCAGGCCAAGCAACGUGCUGGCCGAGCUGGUCGUACUGGUCCUGGCAAGUGUUUCCGAUUGUACACCGAGGCAGCAUUCCAAUCAGAAAUGUUACCCACCACGAUCCCCGAGAUCCAGCGUCAAAACCUCUCCAACACCAUUCUCAUGCUGAAGGCCAUGGGUAUCAACGACCUUCUUGGGUUUGACUUUAUGGAUCCGCCGCCGACUAACACUAUGCUGACUGCUCUGGAAGAGCUGUAUGCACUUGGUGCGCUCGAUGAGGAGGGUUUGCUCACCCAGCUUGGUCGACAGAUGGCUGACUUCCCUAUGGACCCGGCUUUGUCAAAAUCACUCAUCAUGUCCGUCAAGUUGAAGUGUUCGGAUGAGAUGCUAACCAUCGUCUCGAUGAUCUCCGCUACCCAGACAGUGUUCCAUCGGCCAAGGGACAAGCAGCACCAGGCCGACAAUAAGCGGUUGAAGUUCAACGAUCCGCACGGCGAUCACUUGACUCUCCUUAACGUCUACAACGCGUGGAAGCACUCAAAGUUCUCGGUGCAAUGGUGCUACGAGAACUUCAUCCAGCCAAAGGCCAUGAAGCGUGUCGCCGACGUGCGCGACCAACUAACCACCAUCAUGAAGCGGUACAAGUCGCCGAUUGUGUCGUGCGGCCGUGACACGCAGGCGGUACGCAAGGCUCUCUGCUCGGGCUUCUUCCGCAACGCGGCGCGCAAGGACGCCACGGAGGGCUACAAGACACUGGUCGAGGGCAACACGGUGUACAUGCACCCGUCGUCGGCGCUGUUCCGCGCGCCGGCCGAGCACGUCAUCUACAACAGCGUCGUCGAGACGCAGAAGGAGUACAUGCACAUCCUCACGGCCAUCGAGCCCAAGUGGCUGGUCGAGGCCGCGCCCAGGUUCUUCCAGGUCGCCCCGACGGACCGGCUCAGCAAGAGAAAGAGGGCGGAGCGCAUCCAGCCUUUGCAGUCGGGCAAGGAUGCAGAGGGCGACGCUUGGCGUCUUUCGGCCCAGAGGAAGGGCGGACGUGGUGGUGGUGGUACGUGGGGCUAA